AUGAGCUAUAACAAUCCUUAUCAGCAGAGCAAUCCGUACGCGGAAACGUACGAUAUGCAAGAAAACCUCGGGGCUCCACAGCAUAAUGGAGGAGAUUUUUUGACGUUUAUGAAUGGCAUCAACCAGAUCAACGUGGAGCUGGACCACUAUUCGGAGCUGAUCGACCAAAUCGACUCCAACCAGAAAAGGCUGUUGACAGAGGUGAACGAGGACCAAGAACUGGCAUUGAGACAACAUUUGGACGGACUUGUUUCUAGGGCAUCGGAUCUGCAAUAUCAGUUGAAAAACAAGAUAAAAACGGCACAGCAGCAGGGCUUGUCGGACUCCAGCAAGCAGGCGCAGGCGGAAAACUCAAGACAGCGGUUUUUGAAGCUAAUUCAGGACUAUCGUAUUAUCGAAGCCAACUACAAAGAGCAGAACAAGGACCAGGCCAAAAGACAGUAUCAAAUCAUUCAGCCCGAAGCCACUGAUGACGAGGUCGAAGCCGCCAUCAGCGACGUGGGGGGUCAGCAAAUCUUUUCACAAGCACUGUUGAACGCCAAUAGACGUGGUGAAGCCAAGACCGCAUUGGCCGAAGUCCAAGCCAGACACCAGGAGUUGUUGAAGCUUGAAAAAACAAUGGCCGAGUUGACGCAGCUUUUUAACGACAUGGAGCAGUUGGUUAUUGAGCAACAGGAAAACAUUGAAGUAAUUGACAAAAACGUCGAGGAGGCUCAACAGGAUGUGGAACAAGGUGUGGGUCACACCAACAAGGCUGUGAAGAGUGCCAGAAGAGCCCGGAAGAAUAAGAUUAGAUGUAUUUUGAUUCUGGUUGCGAUUCUCGUGAUCAUCAUCGUCGUUGCCGUCGCUGUUCCAUUGGCAACUAGACAUUAA